CGCGGCGCCGCUCGCCCUGGGCUACUCCGAGCGGCGUGCUUUGUGCCACCGGGGCAGUCCCUGGUCCCUGCGGGCCGUCACCCGUGUUUUGGGGCGGAGUGGGGCAGCACUGCCUGCUUGAGUCGCGUUUCCAGCGUUGUGAGGUUUGUAGGCUGCAAGGGAAGUAGCGAAACGCAGAUCCUCGCCAGCUCCUUUCUCACGAGCUCUUGAUUGCUUUUCCCAGCUCUUUUUGUGGUAGCGUAGAAACAGAUGCUUAGGGGUGUCUACGGGCAGUAACACUGAUUUUGAGAAAUGGACAACAGCAUUUGUCAAGUUUAUGAAGACAAAAUCCAGUCGCUGGAAGAAGAAAUUAAACUGUUGACUGAAAAGUAUGAAGAUUACCAACAGGAAUCUACCUUUUAUUCUGAUGAGGAGAUACUGAUGUCAAAAAAGUCAUUCCAAAGAGAAUUUUGGAGACCAUCUCAGGGAUAUGAAUAUCUACCAGACCUGAGAGAUCAACUUGAAAGUCUAGAAAUGGAUCUCUCAUUUAUAAUGAAGUUUACUGGUAUUCAUUUCACAAGUCAUUUCAAGAAAACUGUGGAAAAAACUAGAAACAGAACAGUGUGGAAGCACAGAUUAUCAGGGAAUUGCCAUUCCCUGUCUUUUCAAGUGGAAUUUCAGCUUCUUGAAGUGCAGAACAAAGAGAAUGUGUCUGUUGUUGUUAGUGAUCUCAGCGUUUUGAUGUCUUGUGGAGGCGAUUCCUAUGUGAGCAAGUUUGUGUCAAGCAUUGAAGAACAUGGAAAUCUUUUACAAUUUUUCAGAAGCCUUUCAUCUUAUGCUGAGUGGUAUGAACAUCGUAGAUGCACCUUUCUACAUUUCAAGGCCAAAUACCCCAAUUUUGUGGCCCUUCCAGAAGGACUGCUGGGACAUUAUAUAAUUCUAAGGAACCCCAAACCUUCCGGGUUUGAAUUAAUGGUUGUUUGGAAGAUACAUAUAGAUGAAGAAGGGAGAAUUACGCCUCUUCUGGACCUUCUGACUAAAGUACCAGAGCAAGUCCUGGCGUGGAAGAUGGCAGCUAUAGAAAAUGCACCCACUGGCUUCCGGAGCAUGCUGCUGCUGUUUGGGAUUGAGGCGGCUAUCGAGAACCUGAUCAAAGUGGUCAGCUUGGGAAAAUGAAUACCAGUCUGACUUACAACAGGUAGCAAUUUCAAAAGUAGUUUUAAUUAAGAUAUUGUGUUACAUGGUCUAUAAUUUUAUUGAAUAUAAACAUUAAGUUAUUUUCCAUUUAGAAACCAUACUCAUAAAACAUGCUAUCUGUACAAUUAUGGCACGUUAUAUAUAAAUUGUCAUGACAUGAAAAUAAAUACAGCCAUUUAAAUACAAAAAUGCCAAAUAAAAUAGUUACAUGUACAGAGUGAUUUCAUUAUAAAUUUAUCUUUCUGCAUCAUUAAUGUACCAGAGUGGUUUAUCUUCUUAACAUUUUCUAGAUACCUGGAAAGUGUUAAAAGAUCAUGCACUGUCAAAAUCAAGUCCAUAAAAAUCCAUUUCAUUUCACAGCUCUGUAAAAGUACAGUGAUCUUAAAAUGAUGAGAGAACAGUAAGAGACUCCCAGAACAAAGAGUUAAAUAGCUUUCUCAUUAAAUUAGGGUGGAAGUAGACAAUUUGACGAUUUCAAAGACAUACUGUGCUAAACAAAAAAGUAACUGUAUGAAGUAACUUUUUUCCAUGAUGUAAGUGUUGAGUAGAGACAGCAUUAAACUAAAGAAAGGACCACUACACUUCUGUAAAGAGAGAUGGACGAGUUAACUACUGCUCACAGCAGCACUUCCUUUUGAUUUCCUACUUCUAGGGGAGAUUCUAGUAGGUAACACAUUACAAAAGCAUCACAUUCCAUACACUCAUCCCUGAAGAAACAAAACAGAUUAGACAGAUGUCUUGUACUCUUCCCUCACAGUUACCAUCAGCAGAUCUGGGAACUCCCUGCAUUUUGAGGAGCCCCUGCUCUGCACUAGCUCUCACAACCGAAGCACCUUAUCCUCGCCAAAGCUCGAGGACUGUAAGUCACAUCCCCCACAGGGAGGGAGCGGCAGUGGUUGUUCCUGGAAUCAAGGGCCCAAAGACCCCCACUGUGGGCUCUAGGGUAACGUGAAGAACCUUCCUUUUCAAGUCUACAGCUGCUCUAACCACGCAAGCUGUACAACUGCCUGCUCUGUCAGUUAUGGCAAAAUAUUUUAUAGCAAUGGUGAAAUAGGUGGAGAAAUCAAGAACUAAAAUAAACAUACUGCUGCAAUACCAGAAUUUUAAUAAUCCACUAUUUGACCACUGAACUAGUCUCCUACUGUUCUGGCAGGUCAGGAAAAACUGACAGAUGAGAUUGGCUUCUGUCAGAAUCUACAGCUGAGCAAUGCCAGAGAUUCAGUUUUGAUAAACAGCAACUCUCUAAUAAAAUAUCUUAUUAGAUACAACUAAUAAUUUCAAGUUUGGAAUCCAGUAGACAGGCAAAAUUCAUCGCUACUUUACCCACUGACAUGUUACUGGUUCAGCCAGUUUUGUGUAACAUUAUUUCCUCUUCAGUGCCUCCUUGCGUGAAAAUGAAACUGGCUGAUCAGCAGAUACACUUCUACUUGUGUAUGAAAUGUGUGUAAAGUUACAGUAUAAAAACCUGAAAGCUUCCCAGCUGUGGACAAGUCCUUCCUUCCUCCCUUUGCCUAACAGCUGGAGGAUUUCCAGAUGUAAAAGCAGUGUGCUCUGCCCCAGGCUCUCUUUGGGAAGAGGGGUGGCCCAUGGCAGGGAGGGCAGCCUGUCUGCCCCCAGGUCACUGCCUGUGCUGUGGCUGGGUGGGGCCUUACUUUCUAGUUCAUGUUUCUUCCUUGAGUUGUGCCAAGAUAAAGGGUUUUCUGGUUUUGCUUGCUGAACUUCAGGUAAAAUGGAACGAUUCACACAUUACACUGAGAUCCCAAUAUAAAUAUAUUUUUAAAAUGUUAACCUACGCUAUUUUGAAAAAUAUUACCAGUAAGCACACACGGUAUCCAGGUAACAGCAGUUUCCUCCAGCUUGAGGAGCAGCUCUGCAUGUUUCAGGGUACAGGACGAGUGUCUGUCCAUUUGAUCACAUGACCCUUAGUCGGGGUGUUCCUGGAGGGUGGCUUUUACUGCACCAUCUCACAAGACUUCAGCUGCACACGCCAAUGUUUACAAAGGAACACCAUCGUUACAUUGCUGAAGUAGUGACACAAGCUCAGCUCCAGCACUCCUCCUGGGAGAGGGACCCCCUGCAGCUUCAGAAAAGCAGAUACUGUCACCCUUUUUACGUGUCACUAAAAAAGAAUGAGCCUGAAAGCAGCUGUUCAUGCUACACAGUAUGUGGGCUAUCAGUGAAAUAAUGCCAAUGCUUGACACCAUCUGCAAGACCUGAAAUAAUCUGUAAAACUCAGAAUAUAUUAUUCCUAUAGCUCAAUUUAAAUUAGGUAAGAGCAAGCUGUGGUUUCACCUUCAAUAGCAGCAUAUAAUGUAUAAGAAAAUAAAAGUCCAGUAUGUCAGACAAGUUAAGCCCAGCUAUCACAUAAAUCUCAAAGAUGCUUACCUUUAACCCUUUUCACUUCGUUUCAGAAGCUUUAGGUAGAGACCGGGUGAUAGCAAAAACUUCUGGAG